UAAACCACAAGCAUAAAUCAAUUUUUGCUUUGUAGGAUUGGAUGAGGGAGGAGAAAUACGACACGAUCCAGUCCAGUUGUUUGUGUUUUGUUGCAGCGUUGGGUCUGGUCUGGACAUGGUGUGAUGGACGUGUCAAGUGGUGUUCAAGAUUGAAUGAAUACUUUUUUUGAAUGAGAUACCUAAUAAUAAUAUGAAAUUGAAAACACUUCCAUCAUCUUCUUCUUCUUCCUUAGCAAUAGCAGCAUUCACUUCUCAAUCCCAAUGUGAUUGCAAUUACAAUUACAAUUACAAUUACAAUUACAGGCACACUCUCAAUCUCAACAUCACUCUCGCCAAAAGCAAAAAGCACCAUCGUUCUCCCUCUCACUCUCAGGGUUCUCAACAAACCCCUCCCAGAAUCACCUCUAACGUCAAGCAAAACCUCCAAUUCCUCAAGCUAUGGAAGGAGUUCCAAAAACGAAAUUCCACCACUCCUAGACCUUCAACCAGUUACCGCAGGAAAAAGGUAGACGACAAGGAGGAUGCUGAUAACCACAACUCUGAUCUUUAUCGUGAUCCCACCACCUCUCUAUACUAUACAAACCAGGAGGGUUUAAUAGACAAUGCUGUCCCUGUGUUGCUUGUUGAUGGUUAUAAUGUCUGUGGCUAUUGGGUCAAGCUCAAGAAACAUUUUAUGAAUGGAAGACUUCAUAUUGCCCGCCAAAAGCUCAUCGAUGAGCUUAUAACCUUUAGUAUGCUUAGAGAGGUUAAAGUGGUUGCUGUAUUUGAUGCCAUGAUGUCUGGUCUCCCCACUCACAAGGAAAAUUUUGCUGGUAUCGAUGUGAUUUUCUCAGGUGAAUCAAGUGCUGAUACAUGGAUUGAAAAAGAGGUUUCAGCUUUAAAGGAGGACGGCUGCCCCAAGGUCUGGGUUGUCACUUCUGAUCAUUGUCAACAGCAUGCAGCACAUGGAGCGGGAGCUUUUGUUUGGAGUUGUAAGGCAUUGGUUACUGAGAUUAAGGCAUCACAAAAGGAGGUUGAAAUGAUGCUUCAAGAGCAAAGAUCAACUUCUUUUCAAGGUAGAUUACUGAAGCACAAUCUUGAUGCAGAAGUAGUGGAUGCUUUGAAGGACCUGAGGCAAAAACUAUCUGAAAAGGAGUUGAAGUAGAGUAUUGUGUAAAAAUUCCAGUCAGAAUUUAGUUUGGCAGAUCAAACUUGUCAUAUCAUCCAAUGUGAAUGACCCUGCUUGAUAGCCAGCAAUUCAGCGUUUGUAACAAGUCCUUCCAAUUUACAAACACCGUCCAAAAUGACAAGCAACCCAGCUGGAGGCCUGUUCACUGACCAUUUCUUAUUGGCAUAUUUUAGAAUUACAAUUCGUAUUUACCUAGAAAAAGAAAUCACAGGUUGUGAUUUGCUUUCAUUUGUACAAAGGAAGAAAGCCAGUGUGCCAAAGUUUGAAACAAAUUUUUUUCUCUCUGUUUAUAUGUAUCAUGUGUUUUAGUUUAAAUUUUACUCAUGGGGGACACAGUUCAAAGCAUAACUUUAGAAGUUACACUUUGUAUCUUCUCAUCAUAUGUAAUGCAAUCAUGGGGCUUUCUACUACAAAAUAAAAUACGUUCUUAGUA